AUGGUCGUUGAGGAAGAGGCAGCCUCCGAUCCUCCGGUCGAGGCCGAGACAAGCAGCGAUCAAGAAGCUGAAGUCGAGGAACUGGUCGAGGCCGAAGAGGUUGAAGCCAUCGACGAGGCGCUCGAGGCUUCGUUGGAGAAGUCCCCGCGGAUGUGGCCCGACGUCGACACCGAGCGGGUCGUCCGACACACCCGUGAAAUCGAGAAGAUCAAGGCCCACUUCCAGGAGGAGGUCGAUUUCUUCGACACGACCAUGGUCUCGGAGUACGCGGAGGAAAUCUUUGAGUACAUGGAGAACCUUGAGGAGGACAUAAUGCCGAACCCUGACUACAUGGACGGCCAGAACGAGAUUAACUGGUCGAUGCGUCAGACCCUCGUCGACUGGCUCUUGCAGGUUCACUUACGUUGGCACAUGCUUCCGGAGACCCUGUGGAUCGCCAUCAACAUCGUUGACCGCUUCCUUACUCGUCGAGUGGUUUCCCUCGUCAAGCUCCAGCUCGUUGGCGUCACUGCCAUGUUCAUCGCCGCCAAGUACGAAGAAAUCCUGGCACCCUCUGUUGACGAGUUUGUGUUCAUGACCGAAAAUGGCUUCAAGAGAGAAGAGAUCCUUAAGGGCGAGCGGAUUGUCCUCCAGACCUUGGAUUUCAAGAUUUCCCAGUACUGUUCACCGUACAGCUGGAUGCGCCGGAUCAGCAAGGCCGACGACUAUGAUCUCCAUACCCGCACGCUCGGCAAGUUCUUGGCCGAAGUGACUCUGUUGGAUCAUCGAUUCUUGCGUUGCAAGCCCAGCCUUAUAGCUGCAGUGUCGAUGUACAGUGCGAGGAAGAUGCUGGGAGGCAAAUGGAAUGACGCAUUUGUUUACCACUCCGGCUUCGUCGCGGAGCACCUAGAGCAAGGUCAUCAGUGGAUCUGCGAGAAGCUACUCGAGGAAAGCUUCAAGGAACAACAUGUCUGCCAAAAAUAUGCCCAUAAGAAGUUCCUCAAAGCGUCCAUCUAUGCUAUCGAUUGGGCUCGCACGCACCAAACCGGUCCUUCCGAUGACACGAAGCUCAGGAAGUGA